CGUCUGUGUUUAAAGAAAGUUUUCUCUUGAAAAUUAUUUAAUUUUUUAAAAAAUUGAUUUAAGAGGCAUUCAAAAUGGCUGACUUUGGCGAUGAGGAAUGUGAUGCUGAAGAUUUAUUGUUACAGCGUCAUAAAAAAGAGAAAAAAGAUCUUCAAGCUGAAAUUCAGAAACUAAAGCACAGUGUAACAAAGGGCGAUAAAAAGAAGAAGAAAGAAGUCACUGAAAAAAUUGCAUUGUUGGAAUCUGAUCUGAAUGCUAAACACAAGAAAGAAUUAGCAGAGUUUGAAGAGAACAAGUCGAAUGAAACAAAUGCUGUCAAUGCAGAUGUUGAAGCUGUGCAGGAGUCAGUUGAAAAGAUGACAGUGGAAGAACCUGAUGAAGCAGGUGAUGUGGUCAAACCAGCUGGGAAACCAAAGAAACAAAGUAAAGCACAGAAACGAAGGGAUAAGAAAGCAGCCCAGGACUUGGAGAGAGAAGAGAGAAUUAGAGAACAAGAAAUAGAAAACCUGACAUCAUCUAGACACAUGGAGGCUGUAAAAAUUGCUUCUGUACUUACUCAGAGGGGUCUGCAGAUACAUGAGAUCCCAUCUGAUGGAAAUUGUUUAUAUGCAGCUGUUAUACAUCAGUUAGAGGAGAGGAAGAUAUCUAAUACUGUUGACAGUUUGAGGAAACAGGUUGCAGAGUACAUGAGAGAACAUGCUGAUGAUUUUCUUCCAUUUCUGUCUAAAGACAAUGGAGAUUGUUAUACUCAAGAUGACUUUGAAGAGUACUGUAAGUUGCUUGAGACGACACCUGCAUGGGGAGGACAGUUAGAGAUACAAGCACUGUGCAAUGUGUUACAUACACCUGUGGAGGUAGUUCAGGCUGAAGGUCCCUCACUGGUCACUGGAGAACAAUAUGAUGGCAGUCCAUUAGUUUUAACGUAUUACAGACAUGCCUAUGGCCUAGGAGAGCACUACCAUUCUGUCGAGCAAAAAGUUGAAAACCCAGAGGAUGAUUUCACGUGACCCUCCAUACAAGAUGUUAGAACACUGUGAAAUGUAUAUGUUGUGUGCCUCCAGCUGCCGAGCCCAGUGUCAUACUUAUAUUCUGUUGAGCAAAACGCAUAUAUGUUGAUGAUUUUACUUGACCGGUCUUUCAACCGAUAUUCACAUUGUGAAAUAUACAUGUUGUGAGCUUCUGGUUUAAUGACUAUGUCAAAUAUAUAUUCAGUACUAAAUGACAAAGAUUUUUUCAGGUGACCUGCUGGAUAACAUAUAUUUACUUGUACAUUUACAUUAUAAAAUACAGUCAGACCUAUAUACAAAAACCGCUCUUUGGACCAGCAAAACGUGAUUAUAAUUUGCAUAUGGUUUUCAUGCUAUUGUGGCUAUGGAAACAAAUACAUUUAAAUCUUUCUAAAAGAUGCUUUAUUUUUUCCAUAUAAAGUUAUUUGAAAGAAGCUUAAAGCGAUUUCUUCUGUGGUCAAGUUGCUUUUUUAUCGCUGCUGAAGGAAUACUGCGUAAUUUAUUCCGGCUCGAGUCACUACUGCCGUAGGACAAUAUACUUAGUGGACCUAUAGUGAGGCUUUGCAAUUUUAGUGUGAUUACAUAAUCUCAGUAUACUACUUCUGUAUUCUUCGAACAUUAAUGUAGUUCAAACAAAAAAAUGCUGGGCAAUGCGGAAAAUAUGUACAAAGAGUACGUAAAAUGAAAACUGCUGGUUGUCAUUACAAUUUCACUACAUUGGUAAUGGUAACAUUGAUGGAAAUUUGCUUUAUUUAUUCUUACUUGUGUGGGAAAAGGAUUAAAUUACUAUUUUUAAUUUAGCUAAGCAUUAGCUGUGAAGAUGCUUAAUGGCUUGGAACAGUUUUUAGGAGAAAUCUGUAAUAUUUUGAAACAAAAAACCUGUAUUUUUCAACUUUUUUUUCCGAAGUUGUGUUAUUAACUUGCGACCUGUUCUUUCUGGGAUGUCAGUAUGGCGAUAAAUUGUUGGUUAUGUGUGGAGAUCAAAUUUUAAUAUGUAAGAAACUACUGAUCCUGGUGAUUAGAUACAUUUUGUAUGUGCUGUACGUGACUUAACUACAGUUAAAAUCUUAAACUAAAAGUUUAAUGCUAUAAAUAAAAAUUACCUAAAUAAA